GCUUGCACCAAGGGAUACUUUGUAGCCUACCAGUGCAUAACACUGCACGCUUGCGACUUAUAUUGCGCCUUCAAGAGGAAUAUAGCCUACAACCAGAUCUUCGCGGGGCACUGCGCUACAACAAGGUUACUGAAGUGCAGCCAAAGAGAAGAAAAUCUGAGAAAUAUACAGAUGAUGGACCGCCCGGACUGUGGCCACUGAUACACGUUGCUCCAGUUUAGUAAUGGCAUCGAUGUCCAACGUCGUGCAGUGAAAUUCCGGUGGUAAAUUGGAAAGCAUCCGUAUCCGGACACAUAAGAGGAAGGAUUUCAGCUCCAAUAUUCUAAAACAUAAAUGAGCCCACAUUACACCUGGAUCAAUACAUCUCAUUAAUAUUUUACAACGAAAUGAGAAAGAACACCUCUCCUGCCUAAUAAGAUGUAUCCACACCAUCGAGAAAGGGAGCAGCCGAUCUUCAGCGCCAGGGCCCAUGUGUUCCAGAUCGACCCGAACACCAAGAGGAAUUGGAUCCCCGCCAGCAAGCAUGCCGUCACCGUCUCCUUCUUCUACGACGCCAACAGGAACGUGUACCGCAUCAUCAGCGUGGGCGGUACCAAGGCCAUAAUCAACUGCACCAUUACACCCAGCAUGACGUUCACCAGGACCUCGCAGAAGUUUGGCCAAUGGGCGGACAGCAGGGCCAACACGGUCUACGGCCUGGGCUUCGCUACAGAGCAGCAGCUGCAUCAGUUUUCUGAACGGUUUAAGGAGGUGAAAGAGGCUGCCCGUCUUGCAUGUGAAAAGUCCCAGGAUAAGAUGGAGUUGGCCAACACUGCCCUCAGCAUUGCUGCUCCACAGUUCUCACAGGACCUCAGUGAUGAGCUCCAGUCGCCGCCGGUGAUGUGUGUGAACGGUCCUGAGGACAAGAUGUUCCGCAGCCAAAGCGCAGACUUCACACUGUCUUCUGAGAAGGAGCGCAUUAAAAAGAUGCUUUCUGAAGGGUCUAUCUGCGAGAUGAACCUGGAGGCAGAGCUCUUCACCCUGCAGGACAGUAACUCCAAGCUGGUGGCGGCGCUACAUGAAGCUAACAAUAACGUAGAGCAGUGGAAGAAGCAGCUAGUUGCCUACCAGGAGGAGACGGAGAGGCUACGAGACCAGGUGGCUGAUCUGGAGGCACAUGGCGGACACGGCCCUAGUGACAUGCUGAAAGAUGAGCUGACUCGUUCUCUGGAGGAACUGGAGGCCCUGCUCAAGGCUAAAGAUGAGGAAAUCCACAUUCUGCAGAACAAGAAAGAAGAAUACCAUGAGAUGGAGCAGGAGAGAGAAGAGGCCAUACAUAGAUUACAGGAGAUGGAGAUGCGUAACCUAGAGCUGGAGCGGCGGGUGCAGAACGUGGAGCAGAACCUGGCCGCCUCCAUGGAGGAGCGGGACCACACGGAGAGUGAAGUGCAGAGGGCCAUCGAGAUCCUGGACGUCAAGAUCUUUGACCUGAACGACCUUCGGCAGAGCCUGGUCAAGCUCAUUGACAAAUAGUGUGAAAGAGAAGAGGAUGGGUCUGUUAGGGAUGGCCAAUGGAAAGAGAACGAGCUGCUCCUCUCCUGCUAUAAAGCACAACACCCCUUCUGCUGUGGGAAGAUGGCUGCUCUGGGUCCUUACAGCAGCAGCAUCACUGUACAGCUUGUUAAGCAUAGGUUGUGGUGUUACCUAGGCAGUGUAUCUGCUAUGUCCAAUGUUGUGCUGUAAUUCAUGCUGCUAUCUUAACAUUCAAGGCAAUGAUCUAAGUGCUAGGCUGUUUAUUUGAGAUUAGGAAUAUUGUCAAGAAUGAGAACAAUAAGGGGAUCAUUAGGUGCUUGUAGAUAUAGUUUUCAUACUUUUGAAAUCAACUGAUUUUAUACAAACUUGGGAAUGUAAUGUUAUAAUGAGCAAUGUGGAUUAUAUAUGUUAAUUUCCAGUGAGAUGAGAUAAAAAUGGUUUUAAGAGCUCUUUCAGCGCAACCAAACCAUGUAUUUGGAAAGAGGCAGUACACGACAAUGCAGAAAUUGAUAGUGUUUGACAGCUAUUACCACCUCAUCAAAUUAGCAUACAACUCAAGAUAAUUGGUAUUGAAUGAGGAAAAUAAAGAAUUAGCCUAAUUGACACAUCUGAGCAAAGUUAGUGAAGGUGUCAGAAACCAAAAGAUAUGCCACUGCAGUAAUAACAGUAUGAGUAGUGAAGUCAUUAACCUGUGACAUGUUAACGAUUCUUCUGUUGUGUGCAAUUAAAUUGAAAAAAAACAAACAUGGGAUGAACGAUCUUCAAAGAAACAAUGAUGCACUGUACUGUUUGACACGUCUGCUGUCUCUGAGUUGUAAAUAUAGAACUUUAUUGGUACUAUGGCAUGCUGGUAAUAGUAUGAAGCAUGAGGGUAUCUUGAAUUCCUGUGAAUGUUCCAACUAAGAACUAAAGACACCAAAGAGAGUUGAGUUCUCAAAGUAAGAGCUUUCGAAAGCUUGACUCAGAUUCUCGUGUUCAUUGAAUGUUAAAUUAAAGCUAGAUUAGUCCUGAUAAUUAGGUAGAUUUAGGCGUUAAGAAUUAAUACAUUUAAGUGCUUGCAAUGUUUAAAUUAAGAUUUGAGCAGUUGUCUAGCAAUUUGAGACUUGGUUAUUUCCCUCAGCAUCUACUAGUAUUAACAUCAGUAGAUGGGGCUUGAUGUUUAGCUUAGAGACAAUACUAUAUGCCUUAUGUGAGUGGUUCUAUGUAUUUGCAUUUACUGUUAAAAGAAUGCCUGAUGAAAUUGCAAGUUUAAUUGCACAUAUUUAGAUCAAGGCACACAAGUGGAGCAAAAUGUUGCAUUAUUUUUAAUGAGCCUUGUUCAAAGAAAACUGUUAAAAAAAAAUAAAGGACAUGGAUUAAUCUGA